GUUUAAAAAAAAAUAUUUGAAAAAGAACUGAAACAUUAUUGUGAAGGUUCUGGAACUUCCUUUUUUUGUGUAAUCCAGCUAAAAUAAUAUAUAUUUUUUUUAAAAUGCGUACCCAAAUGGCUAUAUGUGCUAAGGAUAUAUUCUGUAAUCAACAUCGUCUGAUACGUUUUAUAGAGCAAUCGAUACGUCUGUGUAGCACUCAAUCAUUGAAAACUGCUCAACAAGCUGCUAAAACAAAUCUCAAUGCUGACUUUCAAGUCACUUCAUCGAUCAAUACUAAAUAUACCAGUGCACCGGAACCAAUUACACAUGAACCUGAUGUAGGUGAUCAGUUCAGAGCAUCACAACUCAAUGUACGUUUGGCGACACCACAACAAUUGCAACCGAAACCCGAUAACGAUGAAGAACUCAGCUUUGGUAAACUGUUCACAGAUCAUAUGUUAAAAAUUUACUAUCACAAGAGUUUGGGCGGCUGGCAGAAACCACAAAUUACACCUUUGGAAAAUCUGGUUAUGCAUCCAGCGGCGAAGGUGUUGCAUUAUGCGGUUGAGCUCUUUGAAGGCAUGAAAGCUUAUCGUGGUGUUGAUGGCAAAAUUCGUAUCUUUCGUCCAAAUAUGAAUAUGAGUCGAAUGAAUUUAGCUGCUAAACGUUCUGGAUUACCAACAUUUGAAGGUGAAGAAUUUAUUAAAUGUAUAUCACGUCUAUUGUCAAUUGACUCAGAAUGGGUGCCACAUACAGAAGCUGCCAGUUUAUAUAUACGUCCCACCUUAAUUGGCAUUGAUCCAACUUUGGGUGUUGCUUCCUCCGAUUCCGCCCUACUUUACACAAUAUUGAGCCCUGUCGGCAGUUACUUUAAGGCUGAUUCUGAUGGUGCUGUAUCACUGUUAGCAGAUCCCAGAUACACAAGAGCGUGGCCAGGCGGUGUUGGUAAUCGUAAGAUGGGUUCCAAUUAUGCACCUACAAUUAAUGUACAAAAAGAAGCCGCCCGCAAAGGAUUAAACCAAGUAUUGUGGUUAUAUGGAGAGGAUCACCAAUUGACUGAAGUUGGUACAAUGAAUAUUUUCAUGUUCUAUAUUAACGAUCAAGGAGAGAAAGAACUGAUCACACCACCCUUGAAUGGACUCAUAUUGCCUGGUAUUACAAGAGACUCAAUUUUAGCUUUAGCACACCAAUGGGGUAAAUUUAAAGUACGUGAAGGCGUAUUUACCAUGCCACAAAUAUGCGAACUGCUUAAUCAAGGAAGAUUGUUUGAAUUAUUUGGUUGUGGUACUGCCUGCGUAGUUAGCCCCAUUAACCGUAUUAACUAUAUGGGUCAAGAUUUGUAUAUACCCACAAUGGAACAAGAGAAACCCAUACAUGAGUUGAUACGUGAUACAUUAACCGAUAUACAGUAUGGCAAAAUUGAACAUCCCUGGGCUGUUGAAAUUGAUUAGUGUUCUAUUAAGAUUAAUUAUUUAAACUUAAGGAGAGAAUAGAUUUAAAUUUUUUAAAACUAUUUGAACGAAAGUGUAUUAAUAGUCGUUAAAUAUAUAGAGAGCAGCGAAGUUUAAAUCCAAAUUAUUUAGAUAUUACUUGCUGGUAGGGUAAUUAAAUACAAAAACGUAAACACUCGAAUUUGAACUAAUUUAAUGCAUUUAAAUAAUUUUAAUUGGUUGGGUUUUCGUUAAAAGAAUCAUAUUAAAAACUUAAAGGCUGCAUAUGAAUGUCCUACAAACUUUGUAUGUACAUAUAUUUUAUGUAUACAAACAGAUAAAGCAUUAUUAUAUAAAUUAUUUA